UGACGUGGCAGGAUACCACGUGACCCCGGAAGUACCUCUCCUUCUCGCUCCAGCCUCGGAGCUCCUCUGUUUUGGCAUGUUUGUUCUGUUUGCCACGGCGGGUGUUUUUCCUUUCCCGCACUUUGGCGGAUACGUGCACUGAGGCAAUGAAGCGCGGCGUCGGCUGCUUGGACAGGAGCGUCGACGCCUUUUGUCUUUCUUGUGUAACGCCGCCGACCAGACAAUAAAUAGCACGGCCGACGCUAGUUAGCUUAGCUUGUUUUAAGCUAGCGAGGCCACGACGCUUCAACUAAGGAAAUUACAGACUGUCGACUUGACAAACAACAACAACACAAACAUCUAAUUUGCUUUUAACACAAACAGAAGUGCAGUCAUGGAGGACUUCAGCUCCAUCAGCCUGCUGUCCCUUGCCAUGCUGGUGGGCUGCUACGUAGCUGGAACCAUUCCUUUAGCAGUCAACUUCUCAGAGGAGAAGCUGAAGCUGGUCACGGUGUUGGGAGCAGGACUUCUGUGCGGUACUGCCCUCGCCGUCAUCAUCCCUGAAGGGGUUCACGUUCUGUAUGAGGAGAUCCUGCAAGACGGGCACCACAGUCCCAGCCAGGAGGGGGUGCUGGAGGUGUCCGAGCCAAAGGCCAAGGUGGAGGCGGUGCUGACCGUGGACGGCCACCACCACGAGCACGGUCACGGUCAUGAGCAGCUGCACGCCUGCAUCGGCGUCUCUCUGGUGCUGGGCUUUGUCUUCAUGCUGCUAGUGGACCAAAUAGGCUCCUCCCACAUGCACAGCGCUGAAGCAGAUCCUGAGGCAGCAAGAGCCGCCUCCUCCAAGAUUACAACAACUUUGGGUCUUGUUGUGCACGCUGCAGCUGACGGUGUGGCGCUCGGAGCCGCCGCCUCCACCUCCCAAACGAGCGUCCAGCUCAUCGUCUUUGUUGCCAUCAUGCUACACAAGGCACCCGCUGCCUUUGGCUUAGUGUCCUUCCUGAUGCACGCUGGGCUGGAGAGGAACCGCAUUCGCAAGCACCUGCUGGUGUUUGCCCUAGCCGCGCCCGUCCUGGCGAUGCUCACGUUUGUCGGCCUCAGUCAGAGCAGCAAAGAAGCGCUGUCCGACAUCAACGCCACGGGUGUGGCCAUGCUUUUCUCGGCCGGCACCUUCCUGUACGUGGCCACCGUCCACGUCCUCCCUGAGGUAGGCGGUGGGGGUCACAGCCACGCGGCGGCGGGAGGGAAUGGAGGCAAAGGACUGAGUAAGGUGGAAGUGGGCGCUCUGGUGCUGGGCUGCCUCAUCCCGCUGCUGCUAUCAGUGGGUCACCAUCAUUAGACCUAGACAGGAAGUGCCAGCAAAGACUGGAAAAGGAUGUUUAUGGACAGUACUCAUGUCUUUUUUUAAAGUAAUGUACAGUUAGCAACAUGUCAAGUGACUUGAAGUGCCAUAUUGGAUAGUUGACAGUCACUCCUAGUGGGACGUCGUCAUUGGUCGAAAUCGCUUCGACGCGAUAGAUCCACUUCCUGUUUCUCUUUGGAAGUUUGCACAGACUCGAGAUUUUUUUUUUUUUUUUUUUAAAGGUUAUUGUUGAAACUCGCAAAGUUUUGGGACCACCAGCUGACCACAUAGUGAUCAGGAGGAGGGGCUAGUCAUGUGACAUCACCUCCUGGACAUAUGUCUAUUUUAGUUGAUUUGUUCAAAUGUUUUAAUACUCGAUUUAGUUUCAUUUCAUUUUUUUUUUAACCCCCCCAAAAAGGGAACUUUGUCAUAUUUAAGUAGGACAGGGACAACCGCCGGUGACAUCAAAUUGAUUAUGACUUUAUCUGAUAUCUGCUGUUCCACUCUGAUUGGCUAAACUCUGUAUCUGUAAAAAAAACAAAACUUCUCUC